GUCCCACUGGAUGUCAUAAGGUGAAUGCACCAAUUUGUAAGUCGCUCUGGAUAAGAGCGUCUGCUAAAUGACUUAAAUGUAAAUGUAAAUGUUAUACGCUCACUACCCCAGCCAGUACAACCUCUCAUACACUCACUACCCCAGCCUGUACCCCCUCUUAUACCUUCACUACCCCAGCCAGUACCCCCUUUCACACACUCACUACCCCAGCCAAUACAACCUCUCAUACACUCACUACCCCAGCCAGUACCCCCUCUUAUACGCUCACUACCCCAGCCAGUACCCCCUCUUAUACAUUCACUACCCCAGCCAGUACCCCUCUCAUACGCUCACUACCCCAGCCAAUACAACCUCUCAUACACUCACUACCCCAGCCAGUACCCCUCUUAUACAUUCACUACCCCAGCCAGUACCCCCUUUUAUACGCUCACUACCCCAGCCAAUACAACCUCUCAUACACUCACUACCCCAGCCAGUACCCCCUCUUAUACGCUCACUACCCCAGCCAGUACCCCCUCUUAUACAUUCACUACCCCAGCCAGUAUCACCUCUUAUACAUUCACUACCCCAGCCAGCACCCCCUCUUAUACAUUCACUACCCCAGCCAGUAUCACCUCUUAUACAUUCACUACCCCAGCCAGCACCCCCUCUUAUACAUUCACUACCCCAGCCAGCACCCCCUCUUAUACAUUCACUACCCCAGCCAGUAUCACCUCUUAUACAUUCACUACCCCAGCCAGCACCCCCUCUUAUACAUUCACUACCCCAGCCAGCACCCCCUCUUAUACAUUCACUACCCCAGCCAGUACCCCCUCUUAUACAUUCACUACCCCAGCCAGUAUCACCUCUUAUACAUUCACUACCCCAGCCAGUAUCACCUCUUAUACAUUCACUACCCCAGCCAGUACCCCCUCUUAUACAUUCACUACCCCAGCCAGUAUCACCUCUUAUACAUUCACUACCCCAGCCAGCACCCCCUCUUAUACAUUCACUACUCCAGCCAGUACCCCCUCUCCUACACUCACGACCCCAGCCAGCACAGCCUCUCGUAGACUGGCUCUCCAACCCCCCGACCCUUCUCCUACACUCACUCUCUCAGCCAGCACCCUGUCUCCUGCACUUUCCCCUUUAACUGGCCCCGUAUCUCUGGCUCACACCCGCUCAACAACCACUACUCACACACUCCCUGCCAGCAGUACCUCUUACUCACUAUCCCCUUCAUCCUCAUUGAGCACACCUUAUCACACACUUUCUCACUCAUCAUACUCCCCAACUUACACACAAACUCUCUCACACAAUUCCCCCUCCACGUCAAGCAAUUCUCCAAGCACAGUCUCCCCCUCAGCAAGCAACCUAUCUCUGGUGUUCUCUCCCUCAACGGGUGCCUUCUAUCGUCCACUAUCUACCACAACAAGCACUACUAGAUCUCCUCCUGAGUCACUGUACAGUGGUCCAACAGCUCAAAGGAGGAACACCAAAGAAACUAACAAAUGCCUUCUGCAAUAAUUUGCCUUUGUCAGGAUGGAGCAGCAAGUAGAAUGUUUUGAUGGCAAACAUUUAAAAAAGAAAAGAAAAUGAGAAAGAAAAUGUUUUAAAAUGAUGAAUGAUCACUUUAUUUGCGUAUCAAACAUGUAGUAUAGAUGUGUAUCUUUACCUGUAAGGGCUAAAUAACAGUAAAGCUGUUAACAACAAACCAGACAUUUGUAAUUUUGCACAUAUGAAUUUGGUGAGCAUGUUUCCUUUACACAGGUCUGCUGACACAGUCCAUACAUUUUGUAAAUGAAACCAGUUUGAUGUCUGUGUUUUAAACUGAAUAAACUCAGAAAAACAUU